UAACAGAGUUCACGUUUAAUUCGACUCAUAGCAGCAGUGACGGAGAAAGAUGUCCAUCCUGCAGGAGUCCAGUCCAAACAUGAAAAACACAGCAUCAUCAAAGCCCACCGUCCCAAGGAGACAAAAGGACGAGACAGGAGAAGAUGUCAGACAGGAAACCAGACAACCUGACAAAGAUGUGAUAAAUCUUUUCUGGGGUGACCCACACAAAGCAGGCUUGAAACCUCUGACGUUUGUCCGACAGGUUCUGGCAGUGUGUGUUUAUCCGGAGCUUAUGAACAGCGACAAACUGCCGGUGGAUGUCAAACACAGAGCUCAGGAGCAGCUGGAGGAAUGUGUGGGAGGGAGCGUCGGUUCAUAUUUUGAUGCAACUGGAAUAUCACAAGUAACACGCAGUAUCUCAGAGUUCAUAUCGCGACGGGAUGGUGGCGUUGUGUCUCACCCUGAAAACAUCUUUUCCACUGCAGGCUCAGAGAUGUCACUCAAAAGCAUUCUCAGUGUCUUGGUGAACUGUGAGAAAUCACUAAGAACUGGGGUACUAUUUCCGGUACCCGGCUUUGAUACUGCUGUUUGGACCACAGAGUUACUCGGGGGAGUCGUCGUGCCAUAUUACCUCAACGAGGAUCAGGGCUGGGAGCUGGAGGUCCAGGAACUACAUCGGGCACUGGAAUCUGCUAAGGGAGUCUGUGACCCCGUCGCCCUGUAUGUUGUCAAUCCUGGAAACCCAACAGGUCACAUUCAAACCAGGACAUCAAUUGAAGAGGUGAUCCGUUUCGCCUUUGACAAGAAACUCUUUCUUCUGGUUGAUGAGGUUUAUCAGGACUGUGUUUCUGAGGAAAACUGCCAUUUUGUCUCUUACAAGAGAGUUCUGACUGAGAUGGGACCCCCAUUUUCAGAGACGGUGGAGCUUGCGUCCUUCCACUCAAUAUCCAAAGGUCUCUUGGGCGAGUGUGGGCUACGUAGUGGAUAUGUGGAGCUGGUAAAUCUGGACCCUGCUGUCAUGAAACACAUCAAAACAAUGUUCUCAGCAGAUUGCGGACCACCUGUGACGGGUCAGAUUGCCUUUGAUCUAAUGUUGAACCCUCCAAUACCAGAGGAUCCCUCAUAUGACCUUUAUAACGAGGAAACCCAACAAAUUAAGACCACGUUGGUUCGUAAUGCGAAGCGGGCUGCUGAGGUUCUCAACAACUUACCAGGUGUCAGCUGCCAACCCCCCAAGGGAGCCUAUGUGUUUCCAAGACUGUAUCUCCCACCCAAAGCCAUCCAAAAAGCCAAGGAAGUGGGAACAUCUCCAGAUGUGUUCUACUGUGACAAACUCUUAGAGGAGGCCAGAAUUUCUGUUCGUCCUGGUUGUACCUUUGGACAGAAGGAGGGAACGUACCACAUCAGAAUCUUCAUCAAGACUUCUGAGGACAUGAUGGAGGAGCUCCUGAAGAGACUGACCAGCUUUCACGCACGAUUCAUGAGAGAUUUCUCUUAAAGAGUUCCAUCUCUUCUUCUGCC